AGACGCGUUGGCAAUUUCCUAAACACAGGUCUGUCACUUCAGUAUCAUCCGAGGCCGGGGCAGGGUAGAGGUGUGUGCGUGUUUGUUGGAUGUAAUACCGACUGGGAGAGGACUUGCUGAUACAGAAGACACUGGAACAUCGAUUUGACAUGAGCAGGUUGCCCUGAUAUGGACAAAGAGAUGAUUCCCAAAUUUUCAACAAAGGACGAGGAGGUUGACUACUGGAAGUCCCAAGCCCUCAAAUAUAAGAAAAGUUGCCAUGAUGCCCAAGAGGAGCUGCAGGAGUUUCAGGAGGGGAGCCGAGAACUGGAGGCAGAGUUGGAAGCACAGCUUGGCCAGACUGAACACCGCCUUCGAGACCUUCAAAGUGAAAACGAGAGACUGAAGAUCGAGGUGUCAAACCUCAAGGAGAAGCUGGAGCACCAUUAUUCCCAGAGUUAUAAGCAGAUUUCUAUGCUGGAGGAUGACCUAGGCCAGACGCGCAGCAUCAAGGAGCAGCUUCACAAAUAUGUCCGAGAGCUUGAGCAGGCCAAUGACGACCUGGAGAGAGCCAAAAGGGCGACAAUAGUGUCUCUCGAGGACUUUGAGGGACGUUUAAACCAGGCCAUUGAGAGAAAUGCCUUCCUGGAGAGUGAGCUGGAUGAGAAGGAGUCUCUCCUGGUGUCCGUGCAGCGGCUGAAAGACGAAGCAAGAGACCUGCGACAGGAACUGGCAGUACGGGAGCGGACUACAGACAGGAUGUCAGCACCCAGCUCACCUACUUUAGACAUCGACCAGAUUGAUUCUGCAGUACAGGCUUCUUUAUCUCUCCCAGCUACACCUGUAGGAAAGAACAUAGAGCAGUCUUUUAUCACCUCAAAAGCGUUGACCAAUGGCUGUGGCAACUCAUCCCUCACUCCGUCUGCUCGAAUCUCAGCUCUUAAUAUUGUUGGGGAUCUCCUGAGGAAAGUUGGGGCGUUGGAGUCGAAGCUCGCUGCCUGUAGAAACUUUGCCAAAGACCAGGCUGCGAGGAAAAAUUACUCGAAAGACAACAGCACACUCAUCAACAGCAACGCCACCAAGUUCUCUCACUCUCUACAUACGACCUACUUCGACAAGACGACUGUUAACGGAUUGGACCCCAGCUCUUUGACCUCCAUGGCAGCAACCAGAGCCGUGCCCCCGCCAGGCAUGCUGCCUCUGAGUGUGUGAGGCUGUCCCCUAACCACAUUAACCUCCACCAAAUACAACGUGGGAACAGAGAGGACACUUGAAAGACCAUUACAUUGUGUGUGUAUGUGAGUGUGUGUGUGUGUGUGUGUGUGUGUGAGAGAGAAAGUAAGAAAGUGUUUGAAAGGAAGACGUGUGUGUGUGUGUGUGUGUGUUUUGCCUGGUUGGGAUUGUGCAUUUUUCUGAACGUGAUGUGUGAAAGAGAGGUUUGACUUUACCAUGACCUUGCCUCCAGGUUGCAGCUCUAAAUGCAUCUGUGAGUAGGUGCACAGACGUGUGUGUGCACAUAUGUUCCUACCACAUGCUUGCAUGUGCCUAAAGCUGUACUGUACUGUGCUUGUAUGAAUGUCACUGCAAAUGCGAUGCUCUCUAGAUGUCAACUCUGAAUUGGCUCCUUUAUAUUCUUAGUUCCACUGUUCAUCUGAAAAACUUCUCUCCUGACAAAAGGUCUGUUACUGACCACAGCUUCCGUAUCAACCUUCCUUUCCUCCUCUGUUUUCUCUUAAAUUGCACAGCUAAGCUUAAUUCAAUUCAGAAUGUAUUAUAUUUAAAAAGGGAUGUGUGUUAACUAAUUUAUCUUUCACAGUUUGCUUUAAAAUGCAAUAUUUCUAUUUGCUCUUUUUCUUGCAUGUUUGCAUAUGUAAUGUGGGGUUGGGGAGGUCGAGUGGGACCCCAUAUUCUUGACUGAAGUGAAUGUUGAUCGUUCAAAGCCAUGUAGCCAUAGUGCAGUUGCUCCUUUUGUUACUGGCUACUUGCUUACAUUAUUUUUUUUUUGAAGUAGCCUCUUUGUUUAAGCUUAGAAAUAUCAGCUGGUUCUGUCCUCUGGGUUAAACCUGCACUUAAACUAACUGAUCCCACAGGUGGGAUGUGGACAUCUGUUGACUUUUUGAGGGAACGGUUUUGCCUUUUUUUUUUAUUGUUUAAUGUAUACUUUUUUUUAUCUUGUGGCUGGCUCAUUUACCUCAUUCUGAUGUUGUUAAAGUUAGCUGUAGUGCAUUUUUAUUUUAUUUAACCAGGUUGGUCCCAUUGAGAUCAAUAACCUCUUUUUCCAAGGGAGACCUUUUAAUAUUAGCAGGUCAAUUUGGAUACUCAAGCAGAAGUAAACUGACUCCAGGUUCCUUUUUAUAGGAAGAUCUUUCCACUUUGGCAAUUGUACACAAGUACAUGGUCAACUGUGGCCUCUAUAUCAAACAGCACAUUGGCUUACCAUCUGUGGUGUGUGUUUUCACUUGACUAUUUGUUUAAACAGGUUGGAUAUAGAAAAUGCAUUCACUCAACAUCAGAUAAUUUGAUUGUCAAUUGAAGUCAAUAUUACCCUCCAAAAUGCCCCUUCUCAUAGAUCUGUGUGUCACUAUCUUGAAGCAUAAAUUGAAUCAUUUUAGUUUUCCUGUUAAUCUGAUAAUAUAAGAUGUCAUUUUUGGGCACUUGAUAAGCCUGUUACUAAGGCUUGUUUUACAACAAGUGUACAUAGCUUGUAAGGAUGGUCAUUUGUACAUAGUGAAAUUUGGAAUUGAGGUCCUAUUUAUUUCAGAUUCUGUAUGGCAUGUUCAGACAAUUACAUGGUUUAAGCCAUUGUAUUAUAGUAUUCAAAUGUUUGUCAAAGUUGUUUAAGUAAAUAAAGAUUGAGAUUACAAAUGUG